UUAGGUAUGUACUGCCCUGCGGCGCGUUGGACUGACCCUGACUGUUAAAGAAGGUGGCCGACAUUGGGUGGAUGCGAUAUGCAGAAGAAAGGGAAAAGUGGCGAGAUCUGGGAGAGCAGUGGACGGGAAUAGGCUGAUGUGAUGAUGAUGAUGGUGUGAUGAGAUAUGAAAGAAAUGGCAAAUACAGGAAAUUCGAGUGCUGUAUUUUUUCUUGGAUCCAGAGCACACUAUCAGAUACUAGACCAACCAACCUACGACCAAGACAGUGGUAACACAUCAACAGAGACGUUAUACCAAAACGCUUCUGCAGAAGAACUGUGGAAGGAGGUGGAUUGCGAUAGUCCGAACUGUAAUGAGCGGAGCUUGUGGAAUUAUGAGCCUGAUGUUAAUGUUAACUUUGAGGCAGAUACAGGAGUAAAGAAGAGAAUAAAUAGUCAAUCUAGUAAUGCUCUACUAUGCGACAAUAUGCAACCUGCCGCUUUGAAUGAUGUUCGUGACAGUGAAACAGAGAAACACAAACCACGCCGUACUUUUCUCUCGUUCCUAACGUCUCUAACGCGUCGGAAACGUCGCGUCGAAAACGCCCAAUAUCUGAAACGCAUGGAGAGCGUUUUGACGACUUGCACAUAUAGGGAGUCGUGUCGAUGUCUGGAUUGCCAGAGCCGCUAUUUCGAAUAUGAAAGCGAUACUGAAGGCUACAAUUCGGAAGAAGAAUAUACUUACAAAUACAACGUAAAAGAUGUAGAAGCUCAAGCUAUGGAUAACGAUGAAUCGGACGAUGAUGAGGUAUUCGUCCCCUACAAUCCCGGAGACAAUACAUCCACAGAUCUCCUCAUAGACGACACGGAAACUAUCACGUCAGUAUCAAGCGCGAGUGAAACGGAACAACCGGCCGAGAAGCAAAUACAACUAGAGGUCGCUGCUAGCACUUCUGCUGUACUUAAUGUGCUAUUGUUCCAUCCUGGCUGUAUUGUUCAAUAAUAAUAA